AUACCAAUUUUUUCUAUUUCAGAAAAGUGUUUUACAGUUUUCAAUAUUAAAUAAUAUAUUUUUGAUGAAACAAAUUAAUUUAAUUCCGUCUAAGUACAAAGUAUACAUAAAGUGUUGAACCGUUUUAAUAGUUAUAAAAGUGAACCAAAGUUAACAAUAUGUGUUAAAAAUUAAAGUGAUAAAAUGAUCUUAAAAAAAACUGAACGUUACAAGGAACUGUUUUAUGUGAAAAGUGUUAAAAGUAAAACGAUAUGGGAUGAGUCAUAGUGAGAGAUGUUAUGUCCAACCCACUGUCCAUUCAAAAGAUGAUGCACGAAAUUCACGACAAUGCUGGAGCAGGUGCAAGCGACGUGAUGGAGGAAAACGAGGGCGGUGGGAGUGGGGAUGCCGAGGUCGAUAUGGACGAUUUCGGCUCCCUCACACUACCCCCCGAUCUUCCUCCAUAUUCAGGCGAUUAUAUUAUCAGUGACUAUAUGGAACGUCUCGGAACACGUCUCAACAUCUUGGAAACUGAAUUAAAAUAUGCGUGGCGAGCUCUUGAUCUACUUAGUCAAGAAUACGUUAGGAUGUGGGAUCGAUUAGAGAGGCUGGAGUCAUUGCUUGCUGAUCAACAGGGUGUAAUAUCAACUCUUCUUGAUUUCUACGCGUGUCGCACUGUCACAUCCAGAGAUCCUAUGUCUAGGCUAGAGGUAAUCCGAGAGAUAUUAGGAAAUGGUACGGUAGAAGAUGGUAUAGAAGAAGGCUUAGAUAUAGGAAGGAGUGCUGUAUUACUUGAUUCACAAGAAGAAGCGAUGGAAUCCAAUGAGGCCUUUUAUAGAAGCCUAAAUCAGGCUUAUAGAGAUGAUUUGGUGUGUGAUGAAAAUUCAAGACCACCGUCACAAUUGGAUAUGAUCUGGGAAGCACCAGAAGAAGCUGAUGUAGAAAUUAUACCCACAACUUCAAGACAAAUUUACAGUUCCAGUGAUUAUAAAAAUUACUGUGGAUUACAAGGUGGACCCGGUAUAAGUGAAAGAGAUAUGGUACAUCUCUCCACCUUAAGUACAAUAGAUCAAAUUACUGUAGAUAAAUUACAUGAAUUAGAUAGGUUGACAACCCAAUUACACAAAGAUUCGAGAGAGUUAAAAGACUUGAAAACUAGACUUCUUAGUCCAGAAAUAAAGAAAUCAGCAAAGCACGAUAGAGAUAUUGAAGCUAAAACAUUGGUUGAAGAUGGAAAUAUUAUAAACGAGCAAUUAAAAAAUAUAUACACUGGUGGUGAUAAUUGGGGUAUCAAUGACAUGAUGAAAAGUUUUGAUGAUUUUAUUUUAACGAUACCUAAAGAAAACACUAUGAGAGAUAAAUCUCCAUCGAGGUUAUCUCUUUCUGAACAUUCAGGAACAGAUAGAUCAUUAGAUUAUUUGCCGCCUACUUUAUCUCCUCGACGAAAAUAUAUACAUGAAAGAACAACAACAGAACCAUAUACAACCGUAACUGGACGCUUAGCAUAUAGUUCAGCGGUAGCUAAUGCUGAAAUCGCAGCAAAAUCAUCAAAGUCACCUAGUGCAAUUUCAAGAGAAAGAUUUGAUUAUACUGCACAAUAUCCAGGAACCGACGCAACAAGACAAAAUUAUUUUUCCACGAAAAGUACAACUCAAACAUUGACUGAAAUAUACAAAACCGACCAACACUCUCCGGCAUCUGUUCAUGAAAUGUUUACUGUACCAGCAGAUAACAUAAUAGAGAUAAACUUUGAGGGAAACAGAUUACGAAAAUCUCCUAGUCCACCACCACCUGCACCUCCCAAUGGAACGCAACUCUUUUCGUCAAUCGAUAAUAACAAUGAACUAUUAUCAGCUCACUCAUCAAUGUUAUCAACAGCAAUACCAACAGAAAGUAUGCGACUAAGCCCUCGAUCACCUAAAUCUCCUAAAACUUCUCCAAAACAUGUGAAAAGAGAUAGUACAAAUAUAGUAGCAGCUAAAUCUGAUUCUGGACUUUCUUCAAUGAGUGGCUGGUCUAGCUUAGAAAAAAGCCCUGGUUCACCUAAAACAGGUAAAAUCGGUCAUUCUGUACAUGACAGUCACAAGAUUAGAAUUUCUUCCCCACAAUCGGUUCAAAAAAUGAAUUUUGAAAUAGAUUCCAAGCCGUAUUUAGAAACACUUGUGGAUUCAUACCAGUAUGAAGACAAAAGUGUCCAAAGAGAUUAUAACUUACGAAAAAGUGACAGCUUUAAAGACACUACUAUAGAUUUAAAUAGGUUACAGGAAAAAAUGGAUUCUAGUUUUAUAAAAAGUGAUAUUCCAUAUUCAAUAACGGAUGAAAAUACACUUAAUAACAUAGAAUAUUAUUACCAAAAUGAAGCACCUUCAAUAUACUCUGUGGCCGGAAAUAGGCAACCCAUUUUUACUACAGUUUAUAGUACACCAAGGGGAAUGCUUUCAGAAGAUAGACAUUUUUCCGAGUUAUUAGAUAGAAAUGAAAUUACGGAGCCGGUUCCUAAGCAAAUAAUGGACUCUUAUCCACCUGAACCCAGUUAUCAUGCCCAAACUGUGGUUAUUUCAGCUUCAAAUGUGAAUAAGAAAUCUUUGACAAGAGCAAAUACGGUUGGACAAAACGAUGUUCAUUUGCAUCAAAAUGGAUACAAAGCACAGAAUCAUCGUUCAGGAUAUCCAACGGGAAAUCUUACUGAUGCACUGUCAUAUUAUCCAACAUCUACUCGAUAUGAUUCUCCUAAACGUGUUUCUUUAGAUGAUCGAAUUUCAUGGCAAGGAAAUAGAUCACCAACAAGUUCAAUGGAAACAUCUAGUUUAAAAUCUCAUUCUUUGAAUAUAUCAGAAAGAAAGCAAUUUCAAAAUCAAUUACAACAAGAAUAUUUUAAACAACAACAGUAUGAUCAACGAAAUGGUAAUGUUAUGAAUGAUGGGCAAGAUGAUUAUGAUAAACAAGCUUUAGAACAUAAUAUAAUGAGAAAAGAACAGUAUGUUGAUUCUACAGGCAUAUUGGUUUCGGAAUCAGGAUAUUUAUCGAUUUCAUCUAACUUAAAAGGAAAAACACAUGAUAAACAAUCAAAAAAACCGAAAAGAACGUCAUCUUUAAAAUCCGCCAUGUCUUCUAUGAGCCAUUGGCUUCCGGAUUUACAUUUACCAAAAAAGCAUAGAUCUCAUUCUUUACCAUCUGGAGUAGAUACAGUAGAACCAACUCAACAAGAAAAAUCAUUAAAAGAAAGAAUAUUAUCGGCGCAAAGACGAAAGAAAAAAUACCAUUUAGUUGCAUCAAUGUCGGGAUUGUUGCAGAAAGCAAGAAGAAAGCAACAGGCUAGUCACCAGUCAUUGUCUGAUCCAGAAACGUCUGAAACGGAGUGGUCUGGGGGUCGUUCGAGUGCUCAAUCAGAAGAUUCUGAUAGUGUAUUUUCUGAUUCCACACAUGAAGGAAACGUUUUCGCAAAGGUUCCACUCAAACCUAAGCAAAGGAAAGUUAAUCACCAAGAAAUAAUCGAACAGCAACAAAUGAUUCAAGAGUUACAAAAGCAUGGUGCUGAAUUUCAUGAAGAAGAUAAUGAUGAAAGUAUAAUGGAAGAAAACGGAAAAUUCCAAAGUGGUGUAUUGCCACGAGAUAAAAGUGAUGAUAUUGAUUUUCAUUUCGCUCGUGUAAGUCAAAUGAAUCAAGGUAAUAUAACAGAUUUAGAAAAACUGGAUAUUGAUACAGAUAUAUCAAAUAUAGAUCCUUUUGAGGAAGAACUAAAAGAUGAUAAUAAUGGCCCCGCCUCUCUAUUUGCAACCGUCGGUGACGUUAAAAAAGCCGCUGCCUCUUUAGAUGAAGGGUUGACUGAAAAUAAUAAGCCAUAUAAUGGUAGCUCUCAAGAAUUUGCAGUCUCAAGAGCUUUAGGCAAAUAUCGAUUGCGGAAAUCUUCAUCUGUUUCUGACGAUCAAAUAUCUGAUACCUCUCCACCUAAGGCAGAUUCAGUUAUACCUGAAGAACCAAGUCAUACAGUGCAUCAAAAAGUCAAGAAACCGUUAAAAUCAAGUCCUCCGGAAAUUAUCAGCAGCUCAGUUCCUGAAGAAUCAAUGGCAUUUUCAGAACGUAGUCCUUCAAUUCAAAGUGCUCGUGGUAUUCAAAAUAAGUUUCAACCACGACAACAACAAAGUUUAGAUAUUCCUAAUAAACACGAUGAUGACGAUAGUAAAAGUACUCAUUCAUGGAGAAGUGGUUCUCGUGUGUCUUCUAGACGUCAAAGUACAGAAGAUAGCAUAGAUUCAGAAGAUGAAUGGUAUUGCUAUGAACUAAAAAAAUUAGAAGAAAUGGAACACCAGUCGCAUCUAGAGGCAGAGAGAGAAAAAACCUUAGAAGAAGAACCCGAAAUUGAAGAAGAAUUUCCAGAUGAACCAAAUGACAAUUUAAAAGAAAAAAUGUCGUUCGUAUUACAAGAGUUGAAACUCAAAACAGCUACGAUAAAAGUGAAGUGUGAUGAAGAACCUGCAGAAGAUACAUGGAAAGAUGUAACAACAUUUCCUGUUAUAGAUGACAAAGUCGACAGCGAUGUCACUCCAGAAAGAGAAUCAGAUGAUGAUAAAUCGUAUGGGGACUCGGGAUCGGGUGAAACAUCUGGCCCCGAUAGCCCAGUCCAAAGUGGUGACGAGUUCGAUGAGGAUUACGAUAUGCCACCACCACGUCAAGACCCUAUCCCAACUGAACCACCACCACAGCAAGAUGCUCCAGUUGGUAGUAAAUGGAAAUUACUAAAAGCUUUAAAAGACCGUAAAGCUGAAGAGAAAGCAACAGAACCUCCUGUCGCAACUACUCCGUCUACCGAAAAGGAUAAAGUUAGCGCUGGUAAUGGCACCGGCGGUUUCAACGACCAAGGCGGAAGGGGGAAUGGGCAUCCCGGGGAUAAUCCCUUCUAUAGCAACAUUGACAGUAUGCCUGACAUUCGGCCGAGAAGAAAAUCUAUUCCAUUGGUAUCGGAACUUACGAUGGCUGCCACAAAGAGGAACGCAGGUUUGACAUCGGCGGUUCAUCGGGCAACUUUGAAUGAUGAAGAAUUGAAAAUGCACGUUUACAAGAAGACAUUGCAAGCACUUAUUUAUCCAAUAUCAUCAACAACCCCACAUAACUUCGUGCUUUGGACUGCCACGUCACCGACAUAUUGCUACGAAUGUGAAGGAUUGCUGUGGGGUAUCGCAAGACAAGGAGUCAGGUGCACAGAGUGCGGUGUCAAAUGUCACGAGAAAUGCAAAGACUUGCUCAACGCUGAUUGCCUUCAGAUGUGUUUCGCAGGGGCCGCUGAAAAGUCAUCCAAACAUGGCGCCGAAGAUAAAGCCAAUUCCAUCAUCACCGCCAUGAAGGAACGAAUGAAGCACCGAGAGAGAGAUAAGCCGGAAAUCUUUGAGUUAAUCAGACGCGUGUUCAGCAUCGAACAAGAGGGGCAUUCAGCACACAUGAGCACCGUGAAGCAGUCCGUCCUAGAUGGCACGUCGAAAUGGAGUGCGAAGAUCGCCAUCACAGUUAUCUGCGCUCAAGGGCUGAUAGCCAAAGAUAAAAGUGGAACCUCGGAUCCGUACGUAACCGUCCAAGUAAGCAAAGUUAAGAAGAGGACCAGAACCAUGCCUCAAGAACUAAAUCCAGUUUGGAACGAAAAAUUUUAUUUCGAAUGCCACAAUUCCUCGGAUCGGAUAAAAGUAAGAGUUUGGGAUGAAGACAAUGACUUGAAAUCGAAACUUCGACAAAAAUUGACACGAGAAUCUGAUGAUUUCUUGGGUCAAACCAUUAUUGAGGUUCGAACAUUAUCCGGUGAAAUGGAUGUUUGGUACAACUUGGAGAAAAGAACAGACAAGUCUGCUGUAUCCGGAGCUAUCAGGCUUCACAUCAACGUUGAAAUAAAGGGAGAGGAAAAAGUGGCACCUUAUCACGUCCAGUACACAUGCCUUCACGAAAACCUAUUCCAUUAUCUGUGUGAGGAAAACGGUGGGGCGGUCACUCUCCCCGCCGCGAGAGGUGACGACGCGUGGAAGAUUUACUUCAAUGAUAUACCUGAAGAAAUAGUCGAUGAGUUCGCGAUGAGAUACGGAAUAGAAGCUAUUUAUCAAGCAAUGACACAUUUCCACUGCCUCUCAACGAAAUACCUCUGCGCUGGAGUUCCGGCUGUCAUGUCAACAUUGUUAGCUAAUAUCAACGCUUACUACGCCCACACUACUGCUUCCUCAGCAGUAUCGGCAUCUGACAGAUUUGCCGCCUCUAACUUUGGUAAAGAAAAGUUCGUCAAGCUACUUGAUCAGUUACAUAAUUCUCUCAGAAUCGAUCUAUCGAUGUAUAGAAAUAACUUCCCGGCGUCGAGCGCUGAGAAACUUAUGGAUCUUAAAUCUACUGUCGACUUAUUAACAAGCAUCACUUUCUUUAGGAUGAAGGUUCAAGAGCUCAGCAGUCCACCAAGAGCUAGUACUGUUGUCAAAGACUGUGUUAAAGCCUGCCUUAGAUCUACAUAUCAGUUCUUAUUCGAAAACUGUUAUGAGCUCUACAACAGAGAGUUCCAGGUUGAUCCAAACGAAGCCAAGCGUGAUCCGUCUGAUCACGGCCCGCAAUUGGAUUCAGUGGAUUUCUGGCACAAGCUGAUAGCGCUCAUCGUAUCUGUGAUAGAAGAAGAUAGGAACAGCUAUGCUCCCGUCCUCAACCAGUUUCCUCAAGAAUUGAAUAUUGGACAGCUGUCAGCAGCAACAAUGUGGUCUCUAUUUGCCGUGGACAUGAAGUACGCUUUGGAGGAACAUGAACAGCAUCGGCUCUGCAAGUCUUCCGCUUAUAUGAAUCUGCAUUUCAAGGUAAAAUGGCUACAUACAAACUAUGUAAAGGAUGUUCCUCCAUAUCGUAAAGCAGUUCCCGAGUAUCCAGCGUGGUUCGAACCCUUCGUAAUGCAAUGGCUUAAUGAAAAUGAUGAUGUAUCUUUAGAAUAUCUAAAUGGAGCCUUUAACAGGGAUAAGAGAGACGGGUUCCAAAAAUCUAGUGAGCAUGUACUCUUCAGUAAUUCAGUCGUGGACGUCUUCACUCAACUCACUCAAUGCUUCGACGUGGUGUCGAAACUUGAAUGUCUCGAUCCGGAGAUCUGGAAGAGAUAUAUGAAGAGAUUCGCCAAGACCAUAGUGAAAGUACUUGUAGCGUAUGCAGACAUUGUGAAGAAAGAAUUUCCUGAACAUUUAAAAGAAGAAAGAGUGGCUUGUAUUUUAAUGAACAAUAUCCAACAAUUGCGUGUACAACUAGAAAAGAUGUUUGAAGCCAUGGGUGGCGAAAAUCUAGAACGCGAUGCAGCUGAUAUCCUCACCGAUUUACAAGCGAGCCUUAAUAGUACCUUGGAUGAACUCGCUUCUAUGUUUGCUAACAGUCUUGAGACGCGCAUCACAGCGAGUGUGAAAGAGCUUGGAGAGUUGCUGCAGAAGGUGGGCGGGGGCGCGGCGGUGCCGGGCGCACCGCAGCCCCCCGCGCACCACGAGGCGGAUGAGGUGCUGCGACCCCUCAUGGACAUACUGGAUGGCUCAUUAACGAUGUACGCUGUAUCUUGUGAGAAAACAGUCCUCAAGAGGCUUUUGAAGGAAUUGUGGAAGAUUGUGAUGCAGAUACUCGAAAAGACUGUCGUGCUUCCUCCAAUGACCGAUAAGACGAUGAUGCUGAAGAAUCUGACAAACAAUGCAAAGAAUUUAGCUGCAAAUGCGAAGAUUGAAGAUAUGACGCAGCUCUUCAAGAGCACGGUCGGUAAACAGGAUGUCAAACAUGCUCUCUCCGGCGUUAUGGAUAUUUCAAAGGAGCACUUAUCGGCGGAGAAGAGUCUAACACCAAAGCAAUGCGCAGUCUUGGGUGCAGCACUGAACACCAUCAAGCUUUACUUCCACGCGGGUGGCAGUGGUCUCAAGAAGAAUUUCCUGGAAAAAAGUCCAGAACUAAAGUCAUUGAGAUAUGCUCUAAGUCUAUACACUCAGACUACUGACACUCUCAUCAGAACGUUUGUCACCAGUCAGCAGAAUCAAGAUGCAGCGGUUGCAGAGGAAGGUAGUGUAGGCGAGGUUUCACUCCAAGUAGAUCUGUUCACACAUCCUGGUACAGGCGAACACAAGAUAACUGUGAAAGUGGUUGCCGCAAAUGAUUUGAAGUGGGUGAUUGCUAGUGGAAUGUUCCGUGCAUUCAUCGAAGUAAAUCUGAUUGGACCGCAUCUGGCCGAUAAGAAGAGAAAAUUCGCCACCAAGUCGAAGAGCAAUAACUGGAGUCCUAAAUUCAAUGAAACCUUCCACUUUAUGGUCAGUGCAACGGAACAGCUGGAGCUGUUUGAAUUGCACGUGUGUGUUAGAGACUACUGUUUCGCGAGAGAGGACAGGCUCGUCGGCGUUGCAGUCAUGCGACUCGCUGAUAUUGCUGAACAGGGAGCAUGUGCAUGCUGGCUUCCACUCGGCACUCGUGUUAAGAUGGAUGAGACUGGUUGGACAAUACUUAGAAUCCUCUCUCAGAGACACAGCGAUGAAGUAGCGAGAGAGUUUGUCAAACUGAAAUCGGAAAUGAGAGCGGAAGCACCUGCCGGUAGCCAAGGACCUUCGUGAACACCGUAAGGAAUCACCACAUGACACAUUUCAGCAAGCCAUUCCAUUUGGAUCUUCCAUACCUAGGAUUACGACUGGAAAAAAAACCUGUUGUGAUAUGUUAAAUCAUAGUGCUAAUGGAGUGACCAGCGUUUGUCGAUGUUGGACAAAUCGAAGAUCAGAAGGCGAAAUUCAAAGCUAUAUCACUAUCACGAGACAAACUUAAGAUCGAAAUACUAAAAACAAUUCGGCGCUCCGGCGGUUACCGGUCAGUGCUCGUACGUUUCGUUUAUAUUCUCGACGUCGAGAGAAUGGUUUGUAAAUAAAUUUAUGAUGUUAAGUUAACGCGAAUAGUAGAAUAUUUUGCACAAAUUUGAAUCAUUAGCCAAAAAGACUGACCGUAGGCGGCCGGGCGCUGCUACGUCCGCCGAUGUUAGGUAUACAGCAAAAUAAAGAUUGUUCAAGUACAUCGCUAUCGAAUUGCAGCAAAAUGUUUCCGUUUCCGUUAUAUUCAUGAAACUAUUGAAAUCAAGCACAAAAUUUAUCUAUAAACACAGGAAUACUUUAUUUCUUCCAUUACGUAUUAUCAAAAUAUGUAUAUAUUUCUAUUGUUGAUGCCUUGAAGCUUGAAGCGUUCUUCAGAUCUUACAGACUCAGAGUUUCAUGGAUGUUGUCAUUACGUAAUUUUGCUGCAUACCUAAAGUUGUGUGUGGACAUUUCGACACACACGAUUAAUGUAUUAAAUAUACUACUUGUAUGGACCAAACCGUCGUUAAUACGGACGCAUUACCUAUUUCCUUAACCCCUAAUAUUAAAUCAACAUUAUUUAUCUACUUAAUCAUCUUAUCGUUAUACGUGUACAGUAAAUAAUAUAUGGCCUUAUGUAAAUUAUUUCCUUCGUUUGUUGGUAUACAUAAUAUGCUUCUGUCGAGGAACAUGUAAAAGUAUUAACGUAAUAUUGAGUGUUCGGAUGCGAUGCGAAUUAUACGUUUACCGUUACCGCGUGGUGUUUGUCAUGAUCGAAUUAAUGCACGUUUAGGAGAUGAGUGUUCUAAAAUUGGAUUAAUAUAAGUAGUAUGAUUUAUCGUAAAAUGUACGGACUUGUCAUAUUUUAUAAAAAAAAACUCCUUUAUGUCCCGUUUUAAGUGAUCCGCAUUGUACUAUGUGAUCUUAAAUUGUAUAUAAUAACAAAAAAAUGUUAAAGAAUACGUAUAUCACCUCUUUGCUCUUACUUUUUACGCUUGACCUGUUUAAACAUGUUAUUCUAAAUCUCCUGUCUUUUGUAUAUUAUUGAAAAUUGUGAUAUUGUUAUAAAAUGAGAAACAUACAUCGUAACUGUGGAUAUUUAUAUGGACUUGCUUUAUAAGAGUUCAUAUUGUGUGUUUAUUGUUAAAAUUGGCUUCUAAUUUGUUUGUUGUUCCGAACGGGACCUCGAUACUAUAUCCGAUUUAUUCACUUUCUAUAUAAUUCUAACUAUUGUUCGUAAAAUCCUUAAAUAUUAUAUCCUAAUGUUAGAUAUUCAGUGCUCAAAUAUUUUUUGUUUAAACGUUAGUAUCGUUAUUGUAAUGUAUUCAUUUGCGUUGGCAAAAUAAUAUUAAUAAUGUACCCACUCCAGGCCAAAUGGUUAGCGAAUUACACGGAGUUUGAUAAAUUCACAUAAAAACAUUUAUGUUUUCAAUACUACAUUUUACUCGUAAACAACCAUAAAUAAAAUAUGAAAUCUAUUUUAUCUGACCUUCACGAGAUCCGAUUCACCAGAAAAUAAAUAAAGCUUAUCAUGCUGAUAAUUGAAAUAUUACUUUUAAAUAAUAAUAAGCACACAAUUUAAAAAAAAACAUCGCUUUUUUCAUCCAACGUCUUAUAAAUCGAAGUGUAGUGUUGAAAACAUAAAACAGCACAUCACUUAACAAACACGGGAGUUAGAUUUUCUAUAUAUUAGUAUUUAUCAUGGAUUACAUAUCUGUAGCAUGUGGUUGGUCUAGUCCAAAUCUCAAUAAUAUAUUUAAAGAUAUAUUUACUCGUCUUAUUAAAUAAAUGAAAUCAUUUCUUGAGUGAUUUUAGUGUUUUUCGGACUGAAUAUGUUCGUAGUUUCAUUAUCGUUAUAUAUUUUAUUUUAAAGCACACAAAUACAAUACGAUUACGUAAAUGUUAUAUAAUAUAUAAUGAUUAUCGUUUCACGAUUAAUUAAUAAAAUAUAUCUCGUGUGCUUUAUUAUUAGGAGUUGUUUAGAAGAAUUGUUUUAGAAAAAUGUACCUUAUGAAUGGAUAGAAUUGAUGUCAGAUAAAUUAUGUAUUCAAUGUAUAUCCUCUCAAAGUAAUUAAUCUAUAUUUGGUUGAAAAUUCAUUUCAAUAAAUGAUGACCAUCACAGGUCGUAUAGAAAAGUCUUUAAAGUCAGAUUUCUCACUUUAAUUAGAUAUCAAAUAUGGAAUAAUAGAUUACAAAAAAAAACGUUUUGCAUUGACGUUAAUUCACGACUGUAUUAGUUUGUAUAUAUUUGCAAAACCAUCGCAUUGAUUGUAAACAACGGUUCCACUAUCUACAUAAACGUCCGAUUUCCUUAUAAGUUUUUUUAAGAUGUUUUAUAAUUUACAGCCCUUUAUUUAAAUUAAUCGGUUUAUGAAGAUACUGCGAUCGAGCCAGCAAUAAAGAAAAGCGCACAGCCUUCAUGUAACAUCAUUAAUAAUUUAUUCCAUAUAUCAUUGACACAUUAAAAUACCUUUGCCAUUUGACAAUACUUGGUAAAUAUUAUUUUUAAGUGUAAAAUGUGAUGAUCACAUCACAAUCAUUAUAAGACCUUUACGCUCCAAUUCUAGUAUUAAAUCACUUACAUUGCAUGUAUCUUUGUAUAAAUGCAUAUAUGUAAAUGUUACAUGUUUAAACACAUUAUUGAAUUUAGAAUUUUUAUGAAAAAAAAUAAAUAAAUAUCCGUAUUUCAAAUAUAGCUUGGUGUUUUCUUU